AUGGAGAAACCCAACGAUCAUAGAAGUCCUACCGUGAAAGCGAGUGGAAAUUCUAUUCACCAUGUUGAGCUUGAAGCAAGUUCAAGUGAACUGCAUGGACGAGCUAUCCAGCAGCAGGAACACAACCGGGGAUAUCUGGAAACACUCCGAAGGGAUCCUUGGUUACUGUUCUGGAUCGGCGUCAUGCUCUGGACACUCAUUGUGAGAGGGUUUGAGAAUCAGUCGUCUGGCUCCGUCAUCAGUAUCCCGGAUUUCAAAGAAAGAUUUGGUCGUCUCGAAGACGGCCAGUAUUUUAUUGACACCAAGUGGCAGUCAGCCUUGAGCGGCGGGUCCAACGCGGCUGCUAUUGUGGGCUCAUGGGCUGCCUCCUACUUUGCCGACAAGUUUGGGAUGAAACCUGUUACUCUUGUCGCAGCCGCAAUCAAUGUAGCGUCGGUCGCUAUUGAAUUCUCCACCACGUCUAUUGGAAUGUUCUUUGGGGGAAAAAUGCUGAAUUUCGUUGCUAUCGGAGCCUUUCUCAACAUCUGCACUGGAUACGUUGCAGAUCUUUCGCCCCUCGCCAUCCGGUCGUCUGUUAUUGGCUUCUGCAACCUGUCGCAAUGCAUCGGGCCAUUCAUCUCAGCCAUUAUGUCUUACUACACGUCUCAAUGGGACAAUGCUUGGUCUUGGAAGUCUUUGAUUUGUGCACAGUGGGGCUUCGCUGCUAUUGCUUUGAUCGGACAAAUAUUCAUGCCCGAGUCGCCUGUAUACCUCGUUCGAAUGGGAAAGCUUCGCGAGGCUCGGAAAGUCCUCGAUCGACUAUAUUCUGACUCACACGAUGCCGAAGGACACCUGGAGCGGAUCAAAUUGACUUUGGACGAAGCCGAGACGCAAAAAAAUGCAUCAUAUGCUGAGUGCUUCCGAGGGACCAACUUACGGCGAACUCUAAUUGCUAUCCUGGUCUUCCUGUCUGAGCCUAUGUCCGGGUUAGGUUUCGUGUCGAACUACGGAGCAUUGAUGUACCAAUAUCUGGGCAUUAGCGAUCGACAAUCAUUCCUUAUACAAAUUGGAGCCCAGAUUCUAUCAAUGUCCGGUGCAAUCAUCUCCUUCCUUAUAUGCGAUCUGGUCGGCCGACGACCCAUGUUCCUUGCGGGGUGCAUUGGGUUGACGACGCUGUUGCUUUGCAUGGGAAUUGCCGGUUCUAUCAACACAUCCGCUGCCACGAUGGCAGCAGUUGGCUUCUAUACCAUGUACAAUUUCUUCUACAAUGCCGGAGUCGGAUCUAAUGUCUACACUAUCGCGGGCGAAGUACCCACUUCUAUCCUUCGCACCAAAACCCUUGCUAUAGCCCUUUCAAUUUCCGCGGCUGUCAACACGAUGUGGUCUUUCGUCGCUCCAUACAUGUUUAACCCCGGUUAUGGAAAUCUCAAGGCUCAGAUUGGAUUUGUAUAUGGCGCUUUCAUGCUGAUGUUUGCGGUACUGGCUUGGUUCUUUGUUCCAGAAACUCGACGUCGCACAUAUGAGGAGCUCGAUGAGCUUUUCAUGAAUAGAGUGCCAACACGCCAAUUCCGUCACUAUACAACCGUGGCAGAGCGGCGGGCGGCGGAGGCCUACACUGCCACUGAGAAGUUGGCGAAUGUGUGA